CGGAGUUUUCUCUGAUUUUCUGCGCUGAACGCUGAACGCGCCCAUUGACACGAUCAGCUCAUCAGAAUGACAUCCGUUUUGUGGAGAUGAGAUAUAUUUUCUUUUAUUUAAUCGUCAAUUCUCGAUGUAAAUGAUGUAAACAUUUUGCGCGAGUUUAUUGUACAGAUUGAUUACCUCGCGAUUUGUAUCAUUUUAUACAUAGUACUUAUUAAGUAGCUGUGAUAUCUUAGUCAUAAGGAACACGCAUCGUUUGUUACGUUCUCGAUUGUCCGACAGUUUCUUUCGAAAACUUUCGAAAGUGAAAUUAUGGCCGCGUUGCAGGAAAAUUCAUAUUAAUUCACAGUCAAUAAUGGUAGCUGCCGGAGCCACAGUUUUGAUGGCAGCUAGUGAGGAGAAUUCAUCAAAUGAGACAGGAAAUGGUACAAGUCGCUCCAUAAACCAAAGUACUUGUUCACGUUAUAGCGAGAUACAGCGUUGUGGUCAAAGAAAUGUUGAAUCAUCUGUUAAAGGAGAUGUGGCUACUUGUUCUUUAAACACUACAGAAAAGAAGCAACGUACUCCUACAACAGAUAAGAAUGUUAAAUCUAAGGCAGAGUCAAAGGAGAGCUCUAAAAAUUUUGCAUUCUGUAAAACUGCUCCUAUUCGUGAGACCAAAACUUCUAGAUUACGGGCUGCUUCUAUAGUAUUAUCCAAUGAUAUAACAUCACCAUCCAAAAAAUUACUUGGGUCAGAAACUUCUGAUUCUCAACGGCAUAAUUCAUCAGUUAAACACAAAAAUUGUACAUCUUUUGAUGGUGUCACCAUGAAUUCUGUAAAGGAAAGAGAUAAGAGCUACAAACGCAAAUCUUACUUAAAUAGAUCACAUCAUGUAGAGACGGCGUCUGUUGAUCAUUUAAGUGAAGUCGAAUCUAGUGAGAAACAGUCCAGAAGGCAAUACGUUAAACGAAGUCAGCUCUCUGAAACGGUAUCGAAUUCUGCUGACUCCUAUCGUCAAGUGGCCAGUCUGCGCAGAAAACAUAUCGAUUCGAAAGCUGGAACUCAGUACAGCAUCACGAAAAAUCUUUCUAAAACUUAUUCAUCAUCUUCCGUCGUGCCUAUCACAAAUACAAAGCGAUCGAUUGUGCAGCAAUCUAGUAGCGGUAUAGGUGAUUCAGAGGUUUCACGCAGAGUGGACGAGUUAACAGCAUUAACGCGAGCCACUAUGGAACGCGUGGAAAGACUCGCAUCUGCAACUACGAGCUGCGCUAAUCAUACGACCGAGGAUGUGCGUAUUGUUGCCGAGAAAGCGUUAGUGUCGCCAAAAAAAUGUAUUACCUCUAGGCAUACUCCAGUUUCAAUUCUCAAACAUAAAGCGAUCGAGGGAGAAGGAGGUGACCGUCAAAUAUCGUCUGGUGGUUCUCCUCACGCUUCGUCACCGGUAACCUUUUCGCCAUCUGUCACGGAACCUGUCUCUCGCAAGAAACACGGUAUAUUGAAAAAACGGAGCAGCUUAGAUGAAAGCGAAAUAUUACGUCGUCGUAGCUGUUCUCCCGAUGUUUCCUUCGCUGAUAACAUCUAUUCAGAUUUUCGGCCAAUCUUGAAAAAUCAAAGACGGUCAUCAUUAGAUGAGAUCGUCAAGAGAGAUCAGAGUCCCGAUCAACAACCCGCUUCCAUAUUGAAACGUAAAUCGUCUAGAGAAGAUGACAGGGAAAUUCAUCGAUCAUCGUUAGGAUCUCCGGAACCGCAAAGUAUCCUCAAACGAAAACUCGCAAAUAGCGUGCGCGCCAACAGCGUUAGUCUUCACGUAACAAUUGCAUCGGAUCUCGUUAGCACGAAUGCUAGCGGAAAUACGAUUGCCAAAGUGAAUACGACCCUUGGAUCUGAAAAUUUCGAGGGCUCCGAAGUGAGACCGAUAUUAAAGAAAAAAUAUGGCAAGGAGGAAUUCGCCGGGGGUGACAUUUCGUCUCACGAGCCUCGACCUAUAUUAAAAAAGAAAUCGAGUACCGAAUCGGACGAACAUGAGCACGACAGGCCAAAGAAAACGAUUCUAAAGUCCUCGCGGAAAAAUUCAUACGAAGAGGGUGGUUACGAGACGGAAACGACUUCACCGAGGAAAUUGUCCGUAUUGAAAAAUCGAGCGAGCGAGAUCGAGAUCGAGAAUGUACGACCUAUAUUGAAACAGUCCAGCGGCAGUCGUUACCACGACGAUGCGCAUGAUUUAACGGCAGACUCAUUUUUGCGAAAGAGAGCGCAAUCUGUAAGCCAUGCGCGAUCCGCUAACGGCGAUGACUGCAUCGAGUCGAUUCGGGUCUUAGCUAAAAGAAGAUCUCUCGAAUCCAGUUCGCCGAUUGAUGUGUUGCAUACUCCGGCGACGACACGUCGCUGUUUCAUGACCGAACGAUCUAGUGAAAUUUCCUACGCAGCAAAUAGCUCUGGUGUAAUUAAAGAUAGCAAGCUAUCGUGCGAGGGAUCCAGUAAAAUUAAGCAAGUUGAUAUGAACGAUAUGGAGGAGAAAAGUAAGACAGAUUCACAUAUAAAUUUCAUGAAGAUCGAUGACGACCGAGAUGCGAUAGAAAUUCUCACUCGAAUGAAUGAUAAGAAGAAAGAAACAGUAGAAGAGGAAAAACGGCAGAAUGCGCAAGGUGUUUAUGAGGAUUGCGUCGCUGUUUGUCGUAGUAACAGCGUAUCGAAAAUGACCCAACAUUUUAAGGUUUUACAAGAGAGGGCAAAUGCCGCGGCAGCGGAAAACAAUUCUCAAUAUAUACCUCCGCAGAGAUUGUCGCGUGGUAUUCAGCGUUAUCGCGAACGCAAAGUACAGAGCGGCGAGAGAUUUAAUACGCAACCAGUAACUUUUCAAGAAGUUCGCGAAGCGGUUUUACAAAAUCAACGAAAUGCCGCGACGAGCAAUGCGGGAACGACCGAUAACGAGCCGGAACCGUCCAAGCUCAGCUUGACCGAACGCGUUCGACUUUUCAAUCAAAAGUUCGCGAAUGCGGAAAUCGCUGCGACUGGCACCGAGUAUCAGGAAAAGUUUACUCAAAAAAGGCGACAGUCUACUCGUUAUAAAACGCAGCCUGUAACAUCCGAGGAGGUUGAAGUGGCAUCCCGGAUAUCGCCAUUGAACAUAAAUCAAAUCCAAAUGUCGGUAGAAGGACGCUUAAAAGAAAAUCAAAGACCGCUUCAUUCGUUUGCAACAACGUCUCAGUAUGACGUACCAAAAAGUAUUCUAAAAUCAUCUACUGCUUAUACGCAAAAUCUGUUGUGUGCCAAAAGUCCGGAACUCCGAGGUAUAAAAUUGAUAAAAUCUGUGCUUAAGAGAGAAUCCGAAGAAUCGGAGCAACCGACGAUCUUGCCGAAUUCUGAGGUGCAUCCACGUUCUAUUCUAAAAAGUAAUUCUUAUUCGAGGCCUGUCCAGACAACGAGCGUUGUUGACGCAGCGAUAUCGAGAAGCGAGCGAAGCUUGCAUAGCGUAGAGAGUCAAAAUCUGUGCAGCGAAACUGCUAAAUUUUGCGAGAAAUUUAAUUGUUUCAAUAUAGCGACUAAUAUGACGCGAAAUAGUUUGAGAGAUCCUUGCUAUGAGAUACGAACAAUCGCUUCUAAGCAAAGCGACAUGGAAAACGAAGCCGCAGUGCCUUCCCAUAAAGCUGUAUUAUUUCAAAAUGAAGAAAUUUUAUCGGUUGACGCGGAUAAUUGUAAAAUCGAUACAAUAGGGUCGAGUAGUACAUUAGGAAGACGCAGCGAUGAAAGGCAUAACAAUUCGUUAGUGGACAAACCGAAUCGAGUGUCAAACACCAACGACGACAAUAACGACGAUGACAAUAAAAAUGACAAAAGUAACGACGAGAAUAAUGACGAGGACAACGAAAAGUUGAUGGCGAAAGUAAAGGUGAAGGUGAAGCAGGACAAUGGUGAGGACGAUCACGCAUCGUCUUCCGACAGUCAUGAGAUACGCAAUACUAAUGAGAAGCAUUCUAACGUCGCGCAAUGUUCCAUUAAUUUGUUGGCCAAGAGUGUUAGUCAACAUUCUUUAAGUGAUGAGAGAUGGAAACAACGUGGCGUACCGCUACCGGGAUUGUGUCGCAGCGCGACACAGGUAAUAGCAUCAAUUGAAACGAACGAGACACCGAGCGUGAGUAUUGCCGAUCGGUUGGCUGCUUUACGUCAUAGCGGUAGCACAAACUGGAAACGACGCGUAGCCGGUGUCAAGACUGACGAAUCGUGCGACGACUCGUCACUCAACUUGGAGGAGAAUAUGACAGUUAAGUCAGGUGCACUAGCUGACUGCAUCGAGAAGCUGGAAUCUGCCGUGGAAAACUGGAAGACCAGAAUCGUAACACCUGACGCAAUUAAUUUUACCGUUGCUGGCAAAAUGAAAAUAGCUCCAACGAAAGAUGCUAGUUCGCCGUUUUUCACAGAAGCCACGGCGAGUGGUUCAAACCAAAAGAAGAAAGUUCCACGUCCGCAGUGUUUCAAGAUGAGGAAUGAUAAUGAGAGUGAUAAUGACGUGAUAUCGACUCCUACCAGUCCGUGCAAAGAUUUAUCUUCUGCGAUGCGCACGAGUUUUUCUGAACCUGUUAGCGAUGACAGCGGUGAAGAAUGUAAAACGGAACAUGGCUUGUCACCGAGUGUUUCGGUACCUAAAAUGGACGAUGAAACAUUCACCUCGUUCUUUAGUGGUGUAUCGCUGGAAAAAUGCGAAACCGAAUGUCUUGACUUAGAUGAAAGCGACUUCGAUAUAAUCACGCCACAAUCAGAAUUAUUAGUACAAAAGCGGAACAUACGAACGCAACGUCGACGAGUCACCUCGAAAAAUCCUCUUAAAGUUCUCGCGGCACGGACUGAUAUAAGAUCAGAAUACACGGAAAUUCGCACGGAUAUAGCUGCGAGAACGAUACAGAGCUUGAAUAUAGGGAAUUUCGUCAAAAACUCAUCUUUUGCCAUCGAGGCUCUUGCCGGAUUGGCUUCUACUGAAGAUUUUAGCACAGUAACUUUGAGAAAUGUGUCAGAAAAAACUCGUGCUGCUGAGAUUGCCCUGAGUAUUCAACAACAAAAGGAUCUAGGUUGUCAAGCAACUCAAGUAAUCACUAUAAACGAAGAUAAACCAGCUUGUACAAGGAAUCAAAUCCAAAAAUUUUGGAGUUAUCUCGGUGUGGUUGACAGUGAAAGGCUAAACAUUGUUGAGGCUGGCCAUCCUGACGAAGAUGAAUUGUAUGAAUCCGCCAUCAUCGACACAAACAUGGUGUACGAAUUGAAAGAUGAGCAGUUAGUGUCAUAUGAAAAGUUCUGGGGUACGCUUCCAAAAAUAGAAAUGCUCGAUAAAAACAAGAUUCUGGUAUUUGACUUUGGCACGGAGAUGUAUAUCUGGAGCGGUAAAGGAAUCUCGACGGAUAGGAAGAAACUCGCCACGCAAUUGGCUACGAAAAUGUGGAACAAUGGAUACGACUACAGCGAGUGUACAGCUUGUCCAAUUAAUGCAGCUCGUAUGAUUGGCAGUCGAAAUGAUGAUUCGCGCACAAGUCCGAUGGCAAAGUCUGCCAAAAAUAGACCUGAAUGGUGUUUACUCGCCAAGCUGACACAACAUGUCGAGACGAUAUUAUUCCGUGAGAAAUUUCUUGACUGGCCUAACGUUACCAACGCGAUAAAGACACGAGGUCGAAACGAUGCACGACAAAUCGAUGGUGCUGUAAAUGUACAACUAGAUGAAAACGACGAUAUGUGGCUACCAAAUUCUAUUUCGGUUGAUUUGAUCCUAGAAGGAUGCCAUUUGGGUAGAGGCACUGGUUAUUAUGAUAACGAACUAAAGAAAGAAUAUGUCGUCGCUACAACGAGCAUUAUGAUAUGGCAUAUCGACGAAUUUUCGCAUACACUUUUAGAUGGAUCAUCCAUUGGUCAAUUUUAUUCCGGUGAUAGUUAUAUCGUUCAAUGGACAUAUUCCGUCACAAUUACUGGCAGAGAACUUGGUGGUUUACCAUCUAAGCACUCGGCAAAGGGUCGUGAUAGAUUUGUAUACUUUAUUUGGCAAGGUCGAAACGCAUCUUUGAGUGAACGAGGUGCCGCGGCAUUACUGACGGUCGAACUGGACAACGAUCGAGGUCCUCAGGUGAGAGUAAAUAAAAUAAUUAUAAAUUUAUUAGAUGGCCGAAAUCCAGGAGAAGUACUCAUCGUGGAAAAUGAAUUGGCUCGCCUAACGCAAAGUACCUAUCCUCCUGCUCAGCUAUUACAAAGACCUUUACCUGACGGAGUCGAUCCAACACGCCUGGAGUUGUAUUUAUCCCAACAACAUUUUCAAGAACUACUGGGAAUGAGCAAAGAAGAAUUUCAACAGCUUCCAGUCUGGAAGCAGGUGAAUCUUAAAAAAGAUAUAGGAUUAUUCUGAUGGAUUGUUUUGGCUGCGACAAGUAGCUGCCCGUGCAAAACGUUUGAAUUUGUGUUAAUUGUAUCACAACAUCUACAACUUGUGAAUCCGAAGAAAAUCUUAACUUCUAAAUGUGCUUUUCUUGAAACUUUUCCUGAAAACGAAACCUUUUGAGAAACAUUUUGAGAAUCUAAAUAUAUUAUCGACGAUAUACCUAAUAAUUAUAAUGAAAGAUUAAAAAAAGAAUCAAUACGAUCCUAAAUAUAUUGUCAGCGCUAUUUGAAUUAUAACACAUAUGUAUAAUGAGAUAUGUAAUAGGCGUAUGAACACAGAUAAUUAUAUAUUUUUAAUAUGCGCUACAUGCGAAAUCUGCUUACAAACAUUUUCUUUAUAAUAUAUUUGUAUGAUGUUUAUAUAUUGCGAAUGAAUGAUCGCUGUUUUUCGCCUUAUUCGUGUAAUAUCUGUACACAAGUUUCUAUAAUUUAUAAUAUAUUCUCUGCAUUUUUAAAUAGUAUUUUGCAAAAAAUACAA